UCCUUUCGUUUCGGUCGUUCGCAGUCCUUGCUCCCAGACAGCAAUAUAAUAAAAUUUGUGUAUUGUUGUUGUGUUUGCUUCAGUGUUGUCUCCGUGUUCUUCAAUACACAAUAAAAAUGAAUUCAGUAUUGUGUUUAGUGAUCAAAUAAUAAUGCGAGUGGCUGGCGUAGUCGCCGACAUUAGUUCAGUGCUGUGAAUACUUGUGCCCGGUGUUGAUCUAAAAUGACCGAGAAAAAUAAAUCUGAGAAGAUGACUAAUGCAUCGAAACCUGUUCCCAUGAAGCUUUUUGCUGCCUGGGAAGUAGACAGGACGCCUUCGAACUGCAUACCCAGGUUAUGCACGCUGCGAGUGACGCGGCUGCGUGUUUGUGGUGCGCUGGGCGAGGCGGGUGGCGGGGCGGCAGGCGGAGCGGGCGCGGGAGCGGUUAUAUUAGCCGCGCGGAUGCAUAGCAGUAAGCGGACACUGCGCUCCAACGACAUCGCCGUACCGCCGCUGGAUGUGGAACUCGACCUUUGCUUUUCUCUACAGUACCCGCAUUUUGUUAAACGAGAUGGAAACAGACUGCAAAUAAUGCUUCAGAGACGUAAGAAGUAUAAGAACCGCACUAUCCUAGGAUACAAAACACUCGCCGAAGGAGUUAUCCGGAUGGACCAGAUACUCCAAAGAUCCAUGGAUAUGGAGUUGGAGCUGACGGGUGUGGGCGCGAAGGUCGGCGCCACAGCUGGACAGCCGGUCGCAAAGCUGGUCAUCACCGGUCUAGCGUCCACUCCAGUCGACCAUGACACCAAAAACAACAACACGUUGCUCAUUACUGAACGAGGCUAUUCAGAUGAAGAAGAGGAAGGCGAAUUCAGUUCCGUCGAAGAAGCUGAUGAAAUGACGUACGGAGCGCAGGCGCGGCGGCGGGCGCACCGGCAGCUUGCGUUCAACAAAGAAGAUCUCUCAUAUACUAAGCUGUCCCGCUCUCGCGACUUGAGCUUCAUGGAGCGUGAGAGAAAGAGACAGAGCUAUAUGCAUUCGAAGGCGAACGACAGGGACAGCGACAGUGAGCUGGAAAACGCGGCCGCUAAGCGCAAGGGCAGCCGCGGAAAGCUCGCGCAACGCAAUCUGAAGCAAAAGUUCGCGGCGCUGCUGAGGCGGUUCCGAGUGCCGGAAGAGUUGUCAGAACGCGGCGCGGCACGGGACACGCACCAUGCGCAGAGAGAUAUCGAUGAAUUGUUUCAGGAGCUGGAUUCACUUUCAUGCGGCGAAGGCGAGGACUCCGGUCCUGACCAAAUGGAUACAAUCAGCAUCGGCUCCACCCCCAAACCUUCACUCAGGCCGUUCUUCAGUAGUUCCAGGAGUCUGGCCAACCAGGAGCAUCACAGGCAUUCCAAUGUGGCCCGGCACUCAAGCCUCGCGUCCGCUGGCGAGCUGGCCGCUGUCCGCGAGCGACACAUCGCCACCGUCCCGCUCACAGAAUCAGAGGCGAUCCGUAGUUCGGCGGGUGACGAGCGCGGCAGUGAAGGCAACAGUGAUGGUGAUGCGACAGCGGACGCGCCAGUGUCUGGUGCCUCGGUGUCCAGCUCACCACCGAAUGACACUAAAGUCACCACGGAGGAUAAGAGGUCGCGGCUAUUCCGCAGCGCGACAAGCGGCGGUAAUCUAACGCCGGCGGGCGCGGCACGCAAGAAGAACUCACUCGUAACGAGCGGCGAGCGGCCGCUCUCUGCGCACGAACUGCCCGCGCAGAGUCCAACUACGUUAGAGCCGCGGCGUACAGCGCUGGAGCAGGCGUGGCGCGUGCUGGGCGAGGAGGGCCCGGCGCCCGAGUGCGUGGCCGUCGCGCCCGCCGGGCCCGCCGCCGCCGCCCUCGCCGCGCUCGGCGUGCCCGUGCUCGCCGUGCCCGCGCCGCACACGCCCGACGCGCGCCCGCUGCUGCAGGUGCUACUGCAGCGCAUCAACAAGCAGGGUUCAAGGCGCGCGGUGCGCGUGGUGGUGGCGGGCGGCGCGUGCGCGGCUGCGGCGGCGUUGCGCGCGCACGCGGAGCUGGCCGCGCGCCGUCCGCACGACGCCGCACUACUGCGCUACUACCUCCUGCCGCUCGCCCCGAACGCGGUGUCCCGGUACGUGUGCGCGCUGGACGGCGGGUACGCGUCGUUGUUCGGCGGCGACGCGUGGCUCGCACUGUGCGACCGCGCCGCCGACGCCGCGCUGCACGACCUCUCUGAACUCUCCUCCAGGAUCGCCAGGUACUUGAACAGUGUUGGACCGGUGAACAAUGUGCCGAUCGGGGAGGCAAUGGUUGCCUACAGGGACAAGUCAGGCGACGAGGACUCUAGCCAGACGUUCGUGCCAUUUAUAGCUGAGGUGCGCGUGGGGUGCAGCGAGGGCGGCGUGUCGUCGCUGGAGCUGGAGGAGGGCGGCUCGCCCCCCGCGCGGCCCUCCCCGCCCGCCACGCCCGCGCCCGCCGACCUGCUGCCGCCGCCCGGCCUCGCGCGCGCCGAGCCGCUCGAGCUGCAGCUCGACUACUGGCCGGUCCCCGGACGGGCGGCGGAGGCGGCGGACGGUGGUAAGGUGACGGUGAAGGCAUCGUUCCGCGCGCUGCACGUCACAAGGCAAAACGCACACCUCUGCAUCUCCUACCUCACUAAGGAGAAGAAACAGAAAAUAAUGCGGCUGGGCAAGAAGAAGGAGAAAACAGGCGAAACAGAAGUGGGCCGCACGCAGACCGUCGAGGGAGUGUCGCGGCUGAUCUGCUCCUCUAAGGGAUCCCACAACGUGCCGCUCAAAGUAUACAUCGACGGCACAGAAUGGAGCGGAGUCAAAUUCUUCCAAGUGUCAACGCAAUGGCAAACGCACGUGAAAACGUUCCCAGUAGCGACGACCGGCGUGCCACUAGCCCCGCCGGAAACCUAAACAUCUAGCCGACUUAGUAUUGUGGUAUCAUGCUUUGCUUGCGGCCGGUAGAUAUCGGCCCGUUGUGAUUCGCCCGUCGGAUUUCCGUAGCUUUGCUACACGAAACGAGGCUCUAACUGUACUGUAUUAACGUCUAAACUUCUUUGGCGUACAAUCGGGACACCUCGAUUUAUUUAUUUGCGGAUUGUACAUUUCAAUAUUUAUUACGCUAUCGAGCUGCCAUGAUUUUGUUAGCGCAUAGGACAGUACGGCGCUUUUGUUAUGUAUUUUGAAUAUAUUUAGAAUUAGGUUAUAUAUUCGUAGCCGAUAUGUCGGCGGUAGGUGUUUUAUAAAAGGCAGGUUUACAUUACAUCAGUUACUGACGUCAGUACUGGCGUUAAAACUAUGACAAUUUGAAGCAAUGUCAGUAUCGUUGCCACGAUUUGUUGGAACUCCGAACGUAUUGCAAAAUAUAGUAAAAGUUUUAGGCCAGCAUUGUA